UCUCUCCCUCCCUCCCUGUGGUUCCCUGCGAGCGAGGGAGUCUCCAUCAGCACCAUUUAGUCAUGAGAGAGCACCAGUAACUGGGCUGAGACGGAGAGAGAGAGAGCGAGAGAGAGAGAGAGAGAGAGAGAGAGAAAGAGGGAGCGCACAUAGAGAGUGGUGACGGUGGUGCCGUUUCUUCAGCCUCUACUGCUACUGAGCUGGUGGCACACAUACCCAGUGGCCCACGGAUUAUCUACUUGGCAGCACAUAUUCAUUUUCUUUAGAUUGUCUUAUCUUUUUUCUUUCUUUCUUUGCUUUUCUUGCCACUGUUUUGGGUCCCUCUCUGCUCUGGUGUUGGUCUCUCCAAGCCUGACUUGUGGAGUGUGUGGGAGACGCUGAAAGAGUUGCUGAGCGAGAGAGAGAGAGAGAGAGAGAGAGAGAGAGAGGGAGGGAGAAGUGGGUUUGUGCGCGCACACACACUCUUGGUUUCUUUUGCGCUCGUCUGUGCGUGUGUUUGUGUUUACUGGAGAGGCGCAUCAGCUCAGCGCGGUCCAGUCGCUCGUCCCUGCCGUCUGCCGCUCACGCUCUCUCUCUCUCUGGUGGACUUGUGGGUUUACUUUUUUACUCGCGGCGUGCCAGCCAGAGACCGUGACACUUUCCCCCUGGCAUCCCCCACCACCCCCCCUCCAUGACGGAAUAAUUCACAGAACCCGAGGCCAUCCACCCCGACGCCCAAGAUGAGCGAGGAAGUCAAGGAAAAGGCCACCAGCAAGUCCACGCACCGCAAAAAGAAGGGGAAAAAGACGGACACCAAUGCCAGCUACCUGCGAGCAGCCAGAUCUGGGAAUCUGGAGAAGGCCCUCGACUACCUGAAGAAUGGAGUCGAAAUCAACAUCUGCAACCAGAACGGGCUGAACGCUCUGCACCUCGCUGCCAAGGAAGGCCACGUGGAGGUGGUGGCAGAGCUGAUCAAGCUUGGAGCCAGUGUGGACGCCGCCACAAAGAAAGGGAACACAGCGCUCCAUAUAGCCUCGCUUGCCGGCCAGGCAGAAGUGGUCAAAAGGCUGGUAACCCAUGGGGCCAACGUCAACUCACAGUCUCAGAAUGGCUUCACCCCGCUGUACAUGGCCGCUCAGGAGAACCAUCUGGACGUGGUGCAGUUCCUCCUGGAUAGCAGCUCCAGUCAGAGCAUCGCCACAGAGGACGGCUUCACCCCUCUGGCAGUGGCUCUUCAGCAGGGGCAUGACCAGGUGGUCUCCCUGCUCCUGGAGAACGACACCAAGGGCAAGGUGCGCUUACCUGCCCUCCACAUCGCCGCCCGCAAGGACGACACCAAGGCUGCCGCGCUGCUUCUCCAGAACGACCAUAACGCAGACGUGGAGUCCAAGAUGAUGGUGAAUAGAACGACCGAGAGUGGCUUCACUCCUCUCCACAUCGCCGCUCACUAUGGCAACAUCAACGUGGCGACGCUGCUGCUGAACCGAGGAGCAGCCGUGGAUUUUAAGGCCAGGAAUGACAUCACCCCGCUGCAUGUGGCGUCCAAGAGGGGAAACGCAAAUAUGGUCCGGCUGCUUCUGGAGCGCGGCUCUAGGAUUGACGCCAAGACCAAGGAUGGGCUGACUCCUCUCCACUGUGCAGCUCGGAGUGGUCACGAGCAGGUGGUGCAGAUGCUUCUGGAGCGAGGGGCCCCCAUCCUGUCCAAAACCAAGAACGGGCUGUCUCCCCUGCACAUGGCCACCCAGGGCGACCACCUGAACUGCGUUCAGCUGCUCCUGCACCACGACGUGCCCGUGGACGACGUCACCAACGACUACCUGACCGCCCUGCACGUGGCGGCCCACUGCGGACACUACAAGGUGGCAAAGGUCAUCGUGGACAAGAAGGCCAACCCCAAUGCCAAAGCACUGAAUGGUUUCACGCCGCUUCACAUUGCCUGCAAGAAGAACCGGAUCAAGGUGAUGGAGUUACUGCUGAAACACGGAGCAUCCAUCCAGGCUGUGACAGAGUCUGGGCUCACCCCGAUUCAUGUGGCUGCCUUCAUGGGACACGAAAAUAUUGUGACUCAGUUGACGAAUCACGGCGCGUCGCCAAACACAGCCAACGUGAGGGGGGAGACGGCACUGCACAUGGCUGCCAGAGCAGGACAGGGGGACGUGGUGAAGUUCCUGGUGAAGAACGGGGCUUCUGUGGAGGCCAGGGCCAAGGACGAACAGACGCCGCUGCACAUUGCCAGUCGUCUGGGGAAGCCGGACAUCGUCCAGCAGUUGCUGCACAACGGGGCCUCGCCAGACGCCACCACCACCUCCGGCUACACGCCCCUGCACCUGGCCGCCCGCGAGGGCCACAAGGACGUGGCGUCCGUGCUGCUGGACCAGGGAGCCUCGCUUGGGAUCACCACCAAGAAGGGAUUCACACCCCUGCACGUGGCAGCCAAGUAUGGGAAGAUUGAGGUGGCCAACCUCCUCCUGCAGAAGAAAGCACCUCCGGACGCUGCUGGAAAGAGCGGUCUAACACCACUGCAUGUGGCAGCACACUAUGAUAAUCAGAAAGUGGCUCUGCAGCUGUUGGACCAGGGAGCCUCACCGCACGCUGCUGCUAAGAAUGGCUAUACUCCGCUGCACAUCGCCGCUAAGAAGAACCAGAUGGAGAUCGCCACCACCCUGCUGGAGUACGGGGCCGACACCAACGCCGUGACCAGGCAAGGCAUCAGCCCCGUGCACCUGGCCGCCCAGGAGGGCAACGUUGACAUGGUCACUCUCCUGCUGGCCCGAGAAGCCAACAUCAACAUGGGCAACAAGAGCGGACUGACUCCCCUGCACUUGGCAGCCCAGGAGGACAAGGUGAACGUGGCAGAGGUCCUGGUGAACCACGGAUCCACCCUGGACCCGGAGACUAAGAUGGGAUACACCCCACUGCAUGUGGCCUGUCACUAUGGUAACGUGAAGAUGGUGCACUACUUGCUGAAGAACCAGGCUAAAGUCAAUGCCAAGACCAAGAAUGGAUACACUCCUCUCCAUCAGGCUGCCCAGCAGGGCCACACCCACAUCAUCAACCUGCUGCUGCAGCACGGCGCCUCUCCCAACGAGCUGACUAUGAAUGGCAACACCGCCCUGUCCAUCGCCAGGCGUCUGGGCUACAUCUCCGUGGUGGACACGCUCAAGGUCGUCACCGAGGAGACCGAGACCAAGGUGACCGUCACCGAGAAGCAUAAGAUGAAUGUUCCGGAAACAAUGAACGAAGUCUUGGAUAUGUCUGACGAUGAAGUGCGUAAAGCCAAUGUACCCGAAUUGCUCAAUGAAGACUAUAUUUCAGAUGUUGACGAAGGUGACGAUGCGAUGACGGGCGAAGUGGAUAAGUACCUGGGCCCCCAGGACCUGCGGGAGCUCGGUGAUGACUCGCUACCCCAGGAGGGAUACGUGGGGUUCAGUAUCGGCGCGCGGACGGCGAGCCCUAAAGUCAGCCUCCGCUCCUUCAGUUCGGACAGGUCCAACACACUCAACAGGAGCUCCUUCACCCGCGACAGCAUGAUGAUCGAGGAGAUCCUGGCCCCCACCAAGGACACGGGUCUCUGUAAAGAGAUACCUUUCCUUGUUGACCCCCAAAAUAAGCAUCUUGCAGCAGCCAGGGAACAUGACACAGACUCCCUGAGGCGUUACAGCUGGACAGCGGACACACUGGACAACGUCAACCUGGUCUCCAGUCCCAUCCACUCAGGCUUUUCUUCUCCACUUCCUCAGUAUGACUCCAGGUUCCUGGUCAGCUUCAUGGUUGACGCCCGCGGAGGCUCCAUGCGCGGUAGCCGCCACAACGGCAUGCGCAUCAUCAUCCCGCCGCGCAAAUGCACGGCGCCGACCCGCAUCACCUGCCGCUUGGUCAAACGCCACAAGCUGGCCUCCCCGCCGCCCAUGGUGGAGGGCGAGGGCCUGGCCAGCCGCCUAGUGGAGGUUGGCCCAGCAGGAGCUCAGUUUCUGGGACCAGUGAUUGUGGAGAUCCCCCACUUCGGCUCGUUGCGAGGGAAGGAGCGUGAGCUCAUCCUCCUGAGGAGUGAGAACGGGGAGGCGUGGAAGGAGCACCAGUACGACUGCAAGAUAGAGGACCUCAACCAGCUGCUCAACGGCAUGGAUGAAGAACUGGAGAGCUCCGAGGAGCUGGAGAGGAAGCGGAUCUGCCGCAUCAUCACCAAGGACUUCCCGCAGUACUUUGCGGUGGUGUCACGCAUCAAGCAGGAGAGCAACCAGAUGGGGCCGGAGGGGGGCCACCUCGCCAGCAAGACCGUGCCUCUGGUCCAGGCCUCCUUCCCAGAGGGGGCUCUCACCAAGAAAAUCAGAGUUGGACUGCAGGCUCAGCCUGUGCCAGAUGAUAUGGUGAAGAAGACCCUGGGCAACAGGGCCACGUUUAGCCCCAUCGUGACCGUCGAGCCCCGCCGCAGGAAGUUCCACAAGCCCAUCACCAUGACGAUACCAGUCCCGCCUCUCUCUGGUGAAGGCGUCACCAACGGUUACAAGGGGGACUCCACCCCUUGCCUACGUCUCCUUUGCAGUAUCACAGGCGGCACAUCUCCGGCACAGUGGGAGGACAUCACCGGCACUACCCCGCUGACCUUCAUGCAUGACUGCGUGUCCUUCACCACCAACGUGUCAGCCAGGUUCUGGCUCGCGGACUGCCAUCAGAUCCCAGAGACGGUGGGCCUGGCCACUCAGCUGUACCGCGACCUCAUCUGCGUGCCCUACAUGGCCAAGUUUGUGGUGUUCGCCAAGAUGAACGACCCCGUGGAGUCCAGCCUGCGCUGCUUCUGCAUGACCGACGACAAGGUGGACAAGACCCUCGAGCAGCAGGAGAACUUCGAGGAGGUCGCCCGCAGCAAAGACAUUGAGGUUUUGGAGGGGAGGCCCGUCUACGUGGAUUGCUAUGGCAACCUGGCUCCUCUGACUAAAGCCGGUCAGCUGCUGGUUCUGAACUUUUACGCUUUCAAAGAGAACCGUCUGCCAUUCUGCGUGAAGGUCAGAGAUAAUGGCCAGGAGCCUUGUGGACGUCUGUCUUUCCUACGAGACAGCAAGCCUUCAAAGAGUAUCCCUCAGACAGCAGUUUGCAAUUUAAAUAUCACACUGCCAGCGCUCAAGAAGGAUAUGGAUUCAGAUCCUGAGGAAGAGACUGAAAAACCAGAAAGACGUCACACCUUUGCAUCUCUAGCCUUACGUAAGCGCUACAGCUAUCUGAGUGAGCCUGCCACCAAAACAGUUGAACGAACUACAACAAGAACACUGCCUGGUGGUUACGCUCACAAACCUGUCUUUUCAACAAGAUCUUACCAGGCAUGGUCGGCUGCUCCUAUUACCGUCCCUGGGCAAGCAAAAUGUGGACUGGGUUCCCUCUCCAGCUCACCUUCCACCACCCCAUCUGCUUCUCCAUUAAAGUCAGUCUGGUCGAUACCGUCAGCAUCGCCAAUCAAGUCCACACUGGGAGCCUCCAAUGUAUCCCCAGCUAAAUCAGUUUGUGAUGUAGCCUCCCCUAUCCGAUCAUACAGAACUAUUGCAUCCCCUAUUAAGACUGUCGUGCAGCAAGGGCAGUAUCCCAUGCCAGUCUCUGCCAGUCUCAUGCCCUCGCCCAUUAAAACUGGCACAGACCCAACUUCAGUUAAAGCUCUCGCUGCCACACUUUCCUCAAGAGCUUUGCCUGCCGCGCAAGUAGGCUCCAUGCUCGAUCGAUCUGCCAUUUCAAUGACCCCUCCCGAUUCCCCCAAGUUGACUGUGAAUAUGUACAGUUCCAGUUUACCAUUCAAAUCAGUACUAUCUUCAAUGGCCACAACUCAUUCAGUAAAAACGAUAUCAAGUUUGUCCACAGUCAAACCUCCUGCCGAUGCAGUAUCAGCACCAAAACCAACCCUAUUCACCUCUGCCUUGUCCUCACCAGUUAAAUCCACAGCUGCAGCUUCAGAAACGGCCAUGCUUAAUGGCUCUGUCUCCCCCAUCAAAUGCCCAUCAUCCUCCACUGCACCUCCUCGUAUCCUCACAGGAGUUACCAGCAGCCUGCAGGAGAGGAUACAGGCCACGACGCAGGCAGCUACAUCGAGUGUCACCGCUGCCAUCGACGAAGCUGAAAAAUCAUUCAACUCCUGCGGUGUCGCAAGUUACAGCACGCUUAAAUCCAUGUCCCCCUCCCUUAGAGCCAGUGUUGCCAGCUCUGUUUACUCAACGCUUAGAUCCCACACAGCCGCCUCCACCACCACCACAGUAUCCUCCAGUACCAUUACGGUACCCGUGUAUUCCCUUGUGAAUGUGUUACCUAAUCCACAGCUGCCACACCCCCCAGAACCAAUGUCAACAUCAGACAGAUCGGCAGCUGCACAACAAACGCACACUUCUGCCCAGUCCUCCACUCCCAGAUCAAAGUCUACCCUGAAAUCCUCACUGUUCCUGUCCCCCACGUCCCUCAAAGCAACCACUGCCUCCUCCUUGUCCCACAGUCAGGAAAUACUCAGAGAUGUUGCAGACAUGAAAGAGGAUCUGAUGCGAAUGACUGCCAUCCUUCAAAGCGAAACCAGUUCAGCAGCUAAAUGCUAUCAGUCUCAGGCAGCCAAAGAGGCAAAGAUAGAAGACGAGGAGCCUUUUAGUUUAGUUGAAAAAGUGAAAGAGGACCUAGUCAAAGUUAGCGAAAUCCUCACGAAAGAUGUGCUGAGCGAAGCAAAAGCUGCUGCCAGAGAGAGGACCACAGAGGAAGAGUGGGAAGAGUUUUCAAAAGAUGAAAUAGAAGAUGCCAGACAGAGUGCAUUGAGAUCACUGCCCACGUUUAAUCCCACACUCCCAGUUAGGCCGCAAUCUGUGCCUGACAAAGACCUCAAUUUAGCUAAAGUGGUAGACUAUUUGACGUACGACAUUGGUGCUAGCUCUCUGUCCAGAAUGGCUGAUGCCAAGUGCAGAUAUGAAGAGAUGAAAAAAGACGGGGAGGAGAAACAGAAACGUGGCAUCAAGCCCGAGCACAAGCUCAAAAUGCCACCCUCGGGUAUGCGUUCCUCCCCCUCUGAGAAAGACUUAAGCAAACUAGCCGAUUCCUACACGGGCACAGACGCCAUCCUCGAGUCCCCUGACGAUUUCUCCCACGAGCAGGACAAGAGCCCCCUGUCAGACAGUGGUUUCGAAACGAGGAGUGAUAAGACUCCCUCAGCACCUCAAAGUGCCGAGAGCACUGGGCCCAAACCUCUCUUCAUAGACGUUCCCAUUCCUCCUGUCAUUACAGAGACCCGAACAGAGGUGGUACACAUAAGGAGUUAUGAGCACCCAGAUGACCUUUGCGAGCCCAUCAUGGAAGAGGCAGCAUCAGGAGCAGCUGCUGCAGAGGCAUUUGCACCUACAUGUGGGGGGCCAGAACCGACAGUCAAGACCUUUCAGAUGAAGGUGAACGGCGAGGAGGACUCCCUUAUGAGCAAAAGCAUGUGCCUGACAGAGGAAACACAUAUCACCACCACCACACGGAUGGUGUACCACAAACCACAGCUAACCGAGAGCAGUGGCGUCGGAAUGGAGGAAACUAUGUCAGUAAGAGACAUCAUGAAAGCAUUCCAGUCGGGUCGAGACCCUUCCAAAGAAUUGGCCGGCCUAUUUGAACACAAAGCUGCCCAAGAGUCGAUAAAAGGAGACGAGCUGUCUCCACGUUUCCUCGAUAAAGACAUGAAAGGGAAGCCUAAGGUGGAAAGGAUAAUCGAGGUUCACAUAGAAAAGGGCAACACCUCGGACCCAACCGAGGUCAUAAUCAGAGAAACUAAGAAACAUCCAGACUACCGCAGCAUGAAGGAAUUACUCGACAAAGCCGAGGGUGAUUACGAGGUAAUGCAGGAGGAGGACGACUUUGCCGCAGAGGAGUCACUGCCUUCUUACUUAGACACCUCGAGAGUCAACACUCCAGUCUCUCAGGAAGAGGACAGCCGCCCCAGCUCUGCUCAGCUCAUGGCUGAUGAUUCUUACAAGACACUGAAGCUCCUGAGCCAGCACUCGGUAGAGUAUCACGAUGAUGAGCAGUCAGAACUGAGGGGGGAGUCCUACAGAUUUGCAGAGAAAAUGCUCCUCUCAGAAAAACUAGACAUUUCACAUUCUGAUACAGAGGAAGCUGUAGCAGACCAGGCCCGUGGCUUUCCAGCAGAGACACAUGGGGCUGAAGGUCAUGGCUAUGGCGAGAGAGUGUCAGGCUCUAGGAAAGAGACUCUUCUUAAGUCCAAGGAUGCAUCAGACAAAUCCGGUAAAUUCUCUUCAAAAGAUGAGCCAUAUGACAAAUUGACCGUGUUGCAUUACACAACAGAACCCGGCAGCCCCAAGCAUGCAGUGUGGAUGCGUUUCACCCAGGACAGGCAAGACAGAAACAGAGAGAAGCUAAUAUACGAAGAUCGCUUGGAUCGAACUGUAAAGGAGGCAGAGGAAAAACUGAGUGAGGUCUCGCAGUUUUUCCGUGACAAAACAGAGAAACUGAACGACGAGCUUCAGUCACCAGAAAAGAAGCCUACCAAGAGGGUGCCGAGAGAGACUCGGUCUGGGCCCAGUUCCAUGUGUAGUAGUCCGGAGAAAACACAGCAGAAGAGGGAAGCAAGUAGUGGCGAGGAGUGGGCAAGGGGAAGUAUGAGAGAAUCCUCAGUUGGGAAGUUGUUCGGAAGCGAGAGAAAAGUGCCAGUGUUCCUAGUAGUCCAGAGAGACGUUCCCAGUUUGAAACCAGGCAAGAAAAGCCUAAACAGGACAGUGAGGCACUACCAACAAAAGUCCCACCUCCCGUUGCAGUUAAGUCCUCCAAAGUUACCAGUGUACCUAGUAGUCCAGAGAGACGUUCUCAGUUUGAAACCAGAGAAGAAAAGCCUAUACAGGACAGUGAGGCACUACCAACAAAAGUCCCACCUCCCGUUGCAGUUAAGUCCUCCAAAGUUACCAGUGUACCUAGUAGUCCAGAGAGACGUUCUCAGUUUGAAACCAGAGAAGAAAAGCCUAUACAGGACAGUGAGGCACUACUAACAAAAGUCCCACCUCCCAUUGCAGUUAAGUCCUCCAAAGUUACCGCUUUUAAACAGAAAUUUGAAGCUGAGGCACAAAAACAAGA